CCUAAGUACACAGUACAGAGAGUAUGCUAUUGCUAUGUUAGUACUUCUUAGAGUGAGAUAAAAGUUCUGAUGAAAAUAAUCUGUGUAUCGCUAAUGUUGUUUCACACUUGUUUGUAGAAAUGUUAAAGUUUGAACAUGGAGAUCAGCACUAACAGGUCUGACAUUUUUAUCCACGUCCAUCCGUGUUAUAAAUUAGACAUGUUGAAUGUGUUGUUCAGUAACCCGUCUGCAGUCUGCUUCCUGUUCCAUGUUUUCCUCAGCUCAUUAUCUGCUGCCACCGUAUGUGGAAACCUGCUGGUAAUACUCUCCAUCGCUUAUUUCAAACAACUGCAAACGCCUACCAACUCUCUCGUCCUGUCUCUGGCUGUGGCUGACCUCCUGGUCGGGAUCAUUGUUUUCCCUCUCUCCAUCGCGUUCCCUUUGACCCCGUGUAUUUUUCACCACGAUGUGUUUUGCGCUGUACGCGGUACUUUCGAAGUGUGCCUGUGCACAGCAUCCAUUCUGAACCUGUGCUGCAUUUCCAUCGACAGAUACUACGCCGUUUGUCGACCGCUCUCCUACAAAACCAGGAUGAACGACAACGUCGUUUUAGUGAUGAUCCUGCUGAGCUGGACUGUUUCUGCUUUGGUUGGACUUGGUUUAGUUUUUGUGGGGAUGAACCAGGCGAACUGCGAGGACUGUUUCGUCGAUAAGGUGGUGGCAAACGUGAUGGGCCUUAUUUUUGCAUUUUACCUUCCGGUGGUCAUCAUGCUCUGUAUCUACUUAAAGAUUUUCACUGUCGCACAAAAACAGGCGCAUAGCAUCCAGAACGCAACGAGCCAGAUCAGGAAGUCCGGAGGAGCGAUCAGUAAGAUGGAGAAAAAGGCCACAAAGACAUUAGCUACAGUUAUGGGAGUAUUUCUGAUCUGCUGGUUGCCUUUCUUUCUGU